AUGUCUUCUCAAUCUGCUUCUGCUGCGGCUGCCAACCAGGCUCUCAUUGCUCUUGUCGCCCGGCUCGAUGACAUGGUUCAAGAUGUUCUCCGGUUGCAGUCUCAGGAUGAGAAAAUGGAGUUGAGCCACGAGAUUGCUUGUGAAGUGAAUGUCACAAUUCGUUCAUAUGGGAGGGACGCUUCAUAUGUUCCCCCUGGCCUGCUGUCACUUGCAGCUGAGAUCUUUCGCGCUCAGAGGCGCACCUCACAAUUGGUGGUAGUACCGGAUUGGAACCAUCUUGGUAACAAUCAGGAUAUGUGCAUGAAGCAUCCAUUGUACAGUAAGACAUUGGGUCAUGCGCCGCCUGCUUCACCUGCAGCUACUGCUCCUGCAUCUGCACCUGCACCUGCACCGGUACCUACUCCUGCACUGGUACCUGCCCCACCACCGGUACCUGCCCCACCACCGGUACCUGCCCCACCACCGGUACCUGCCCCACCACCGGUACCUGUUCCAGUACCGGCACCAGCCUCUGCACCGACACCGGCACCACGCAUCAGCAUUCACAUACCUAAAGAUCAGCCCCCUUUGCCCCGUGUCAACCGGGCCCGGAAGCCUGCACCAAAGUCGAAGGCAAUUUUGUCUGACACUGACACUACCGACAAUGACAAGGCAAAGGGGAAGGGGAAGGGGAAGGAGAAGGGGAAAGGGAAGGCAAAGGCACCAGAAGAUCAUGGCGAUGAGGAUGGCGAGGGGAUCGAUGUGGAUGAUCUUCUGGACAUUGAGCCCCGGAAAUCAACUCGUCAGGCUGUCAUCGUUGUCAAAAAGAAGGGCAGUGCGUCGAAGGCAAGUCAGCGGGUUGUGAUUCAGGACAAUGAAGAGGAUGAAUUGGAGGAUGAGGAUGAUGAUACACAAGGCAGGCCAAAGGCAAGUUCAUUAUUUUACUUCACAUUUACCGGUCUAUCACUCAUCACGAUGCAGGCCACUGUCAGACCAGGGAAACAGCAAAAACUGUCCAUGCAGCCCAAGGGCAAGGCCACCAGCAAGGGCAAAGUGCCAGAACCGCCCCGCGUUGAUGAACCCCAUCCGCCUUGUGAUAGAUGUCUGGCCAAGAAUGUCGAGUGUUUCCCCCGAUUGACGAAGAAAGGCGAGAUCGCCUCAACUUGCUCAUUGUGCUAUCUGUGGAAGAUGGCAUGCAUCCGGACUAACACAGAGAGCGCACCCACCACCUCUGCCAACACCAUUACCCCCAUCACCGUCACUGCACCACCUGCAGUCGCAGUAGCCACUCGCUCCAAGACCAUCCGGUCCAAAGCCACCGGAGAGAAGAUGAGUUGGAAAUCCAAGGCGAAAGGCAAGUCUUUUGUUUCCGGCAAGGAUAUCCAGCACCCAAGUCCUAUCGAAGAGGAGGACAACGUCAAUGAUGUCCAGAUGGUUGCUGCCGGCGGUUCGGCACAACAACCGGCCCCUUUGGCAUCCGCACACAAUUUCCCUCCUGAUCAUUGGGUGGAGCCCGGCAAUGAUGAGAUGCCACCUUCAUCACCAGCCAUGGCCUCGGAGGACAAUAUCCGGUUCUCGCCGUUACCGGUCGUUUUCAACCAUCCCUCUCCUGUCUCUCCUUCUGGACCCGGUCAUUCCACCCAAUACCCUCUCUCUCAUGAUGAGAUGGAGGCCAUGUUGGCCCAAAUUCGCAUCAAGAUGGAAGAACUGCGCACACACGAUCGAAUGGAAAUUGACGUCCGGCAUGAUCGCUUGGAGAAUCGCAUGGACAUCGCCGAGGCAUCUGAUAGCGCCAUGUCCAUGCAGAUUGAUGACAUAGGGCGGGAUAUGCGUGUGCAGAAGGGACUCCUUGCUGAGUGCACGGCUGAAGUCACAGCAUCAACUCCACCGGCAUUUAAUCCACCCCCCAUGACAGCCCAUGACCCAUCUAUCAGUGCGUUUGCUCGCACUGUGACCAACAAUGUGUUCACUCCGGAUGUCUCUUGGAUGGGUGCCCAGACCGGUGGUGAUAUGUUGGGUGAUACUGCAGAUGGAUCACCGGUUGCAAGGCACAACCGGGUGCCAUCCAAUUCCACCAUCAUCCCUUCACUGACCAUGAGGGAAUCCGGCCCAUCUGUUCCUCCGGUUGGUGCACCACCUGUGCAAUCUCCUAUUCUCCCGGUCGCCGGGCCAUCAAAUGUGCCAGCUGAUUCCCAGUCCGUCUCAGCUCCUUUGCCAUGCCCGCGCUUUGGACCUCUAUUGCACCAAGGUCGCGGACAUCCGGCUCAUCUGUAUUAUCCAUCUCGCCUUCACCUCUUGCACACCGGAGGUCCGGCACAUCUGUAUCAUCCAUUUCACCUUCACCUCUAUCGGACAGCUGACGUCCGGCUCAUCUGUAUCAUACAUUUCACCUUCACCUCUCGCACACCGGAAGUCCAGCUCAUCUGUAUCAUCCAUAUCACCUUCACCUCUCACACACCGGAAGUCCGGCUCAUCUGUAUCAUCCAUCUCACCUUCACCUCUGUCCCACAACGCUCUUCCGGCUCAUCUGUAUCAUCCAUACCGGCAAAUAUUUCCAUUAUCCACCGGGUGGAAUAUCAUGAGGCCCACCUGUCUCCAUUUCACCCGGUACCCCCGGCCCACUCGUCUUCCAUUGUGCUUCAAAUACCGGCCCACUCGUCUCCAUUGCACCCUUACCCCCGGCCCACUCGUCUCUAUUGUCCUUCGCAUACCGGCCCACCCGUCUCCAUUGCACCCCAUACCCCCGGCCCACUCGUCUUCAAUUGUACUUCUCAUCCCAGCCCACCCGUCUCUAUUGUACUUCGCAUACCGGUGUAG